AUGUCUCUCUACUACGAGGCAGCCGCAAUUCUUGCGAACGCCGAAAAUACUGGUGGAUCCCUCAAGUCGCGCCUCUUCACGAAGAAAGACCUCAAAAGUUCGCCUGGGCAGAUUUUCGCGCUCAUCGCCGAAGCGUCGAAAUGGUCCGUGGUGUUGAAGGAUGUCAUUGAGAAGACUGGAGUGUUGGCGGAGGAAAAGAAGCUCACGCCAAUCCUCGCGCUUCUCCUCACCCAUGACCUCCUCGUCGCAAAAGGUGGCGUCGCUGCGGCUGCAAACCAUGUUCUUAAACUCGCAAUCACCAGACACAAAGCUCGCCUAAGCGCCGAAUUCACCAAAGCACGAAUACGGCAUGGCCAUGCUACACUGGCUGCGUUCAAGGAAGCCGUCAGCAAUGGCGAGCUCGAGGACGAUGACGAUGAUCAGAAGGCGAACCGACACCCGCGAUGGGUUCGAGUGAAUACAAUCAAGACGACUUUGGAGGAUCAACUCAGAACCACAUUUUCUGGGUUCAAGAAAGCGGAUAGCUUAGCGGAAGUGCUGGCAGCACGAGGAUCGACGAAAGUAUACUAUGAAGACCCGAAUAUCCCGAAUCUGCUGGCUCUUCCAUCGAGGAUCAACCUAGGUCGCAACGAAGCGUACGCGAAGGGGCACAUCAUCUUCCAAGACAAGGCAUCCUGUUUCCCUGCCUACCUCCUUGACCUUUCAGCCGACGACGGAGACGUCAUAGACGGCUGCGCUGCACCUGGAAACAAGACAACGCAUCUAGCAGCCAUAGUAUCGAGUCUAAACGCCUCGGGUGAAGGUCAAAAGGUCGUAGCAUUCGAGCGCGAUGAAAAGCGGACUACUACACUACAGAAGAUGGUGAAGCUUGCCUCAGCUGAUAGCAUUGUCUCCAUCAAAGGUGCCAGUGACUUUCUAGCCGCCAAGCCCCACUCCAAUGAGUUUUCCAAUGUCGGAGCUAUCGUGCUUGACCCCAGCUGCUCAGGGACGGGUAUCGUUGGCCGUGAUGACGGAAUAAAGAUACACCUGCCAGUGUCAAAUCCUAUCGCCGCGGGCUCUCAGAAGACGAGCAAAGGCAAGAAGCGAAAGAGGGAUGACGAGAAGAGCAAUGUCGCCGAGCCUGCAACGUUGGCUGUGGACCUAGACGAUGCGACGACGCCAGAAGAAACGCCCGCAGAGGACAAGCUCACCGAACGCCUCGACACGUUAUCAAACUUCCAACUCCACAUCUUGACGCACGCUAUGCGCUUUGCUUCGGCACAUAAAAUCACCUACUCGACCUGCUCAAUUCAUUUCGAAGAAAAUGAAGGCGUAGUGUUCCAGGCACUGGCUUCGUCCAUUGCCAAUAAGCGAGGCUGGAAGAUUUUGAAAAGAGAACGCCAAGUCGAGGGCAUGAAGAAAUGGAACAGAAGAGGAGUGUGGGAAGACGGCAAGCUUAAUCGUGAUGUGGAUGAGGCGCAAAAGCAAGACGUGCUGGAGGCUUGCAUUCGAUGCGACAAAGGGACUGAUGAGGGCACAAUGGGCUUCUUCGUUGCCGCUUUUGUCUGCGAGGACAGCGAACAGUCUGAACCUGCUGCUGAAGAAGCUAAUGCAGAGGCCGAUGAGUGGGAAGGCUUUAGCGACGUUGGUGAGGCUAUGGAGGUGGACAAGGCACAGCAAACGGUUACCGGAGGUGAGAAGAAGAAGAGGAAGAAGAAAAAGCGCAAGACCAUGGCCAAUCUCACACGACCUAGGCUGAAGGCUCUCGCCAGGUGGGUCCGUGAUGAGCUCGAUCUGCUCGUGGCUCGUGAAGGCCCCAACAUCCUGCGGCCUGAUGACGUCCUCAUCUUGCACGAGACAUUUAUCGCUCUCCGCCUCGCUACAGACAUUACGGCAUUGGACAUCCGCGCCACCGGCAUUCACUUCGCUGUUCAAGACAUUGCGGGCGUGGCUACUCGCUGGCCUGGCCGGCUGUGUGACGACUGCGACAAAAUUAUUGCCAUAUGGACGGAAAAGUUCGGGUCGUUGAAGAGCCUGCAUCCGUUUAUGUAUGGGCGAGGGGGGCGGCUUGAGGGCAUUGCUGGUCCGACUGAGUACUCGAGAGAAACUGACCUCAGCGAGCAGGCACUACUCAAGCGUUGGUCGGAACAAUGCCCCGAGAGACUGCAUCCGAAGGUCUCCCACAGGUUGGGUGACCUCGGCUUCCGACCUGGAGAUUGGUGGAUCAGCACACUCUUCGCACACCACGCAGGCAUCAUUGGGCUUGAGGCUGUCGAAGGUGGCACCACAUUCGACAACCACAGCAUGAACAGCGUCUGGGGCCCCAAAGCGGGUGUCAGAUAUGAGGGCCUCUUCUCCAUCAGAGGCUGGUCAAUACGCCAGGCAAAAGCAAGUGACACCGCCGGCCAAUGGAAAGAAGGCGACAUCCUCUUCGAAAUCCGCUUCGAGCGUACCGACCCAGUUCCCUUCUCCGAAGUCACCUGCCGGCCCACAGCCACCGAAGUCGACGACUACACAGAGUAUAAGCGCCUCCGUAAACUCCACCGCGACGACAAGCGCAACGCCGACCUGAGAACAGACUUCAGCACCAGCCCUCUUCAACUUGCUACUAAAGCCGCCCCAGCAAUCCCCUCGCCCAUCAGUCCUUUGCUGCCUGGCCCUGCCGCGCCCAAGAUCCUGUACAAAGGCCUUUUGCAACGCUCAGCUACGUCCAAGCAAGCCCACUUCGAAGACAUCUCUGAAAUUCGACGCACGAGUGACGUCCCAACACCAGCCUCCCACCGCACAACAGAAACGGAUUACUUCGCCCUUUCGCCACGUAAAGAGAGUGGGCUGCUCGUCCCGGGCUAUAAACCCCCGUCACCUAGCAACGCCUCGAUCGCAAGUGGCCACACAGGCGCGACGGUCGCAAGCACGCAGUCCAACAUCCGCGACGUCGCGCCGUGGAUCGAUUUCGACGCGGAUUUGACCGCCCCGGAUCCGGUGCCCGAAGAUGCAGCAGCUCCAGCACUGGAUCCAAGCCCAACCCUGACGUCGUCUGCCAGACUGAAAACUUGGCAGCGGCCUGCGCGCGACUCGCCGCCUGUUUCGCCGCUGAGUGAAAGGCGUAGGAGCGGCGAUUUCAAAACAUUCCUGCGUGUUGGGUCGAAGCGCCAGCCCAUCGAAAGUAGUCGCAAAUCCGUCUUUGUGAGGGCGAAGAAUCCCAUGGCGAAGUUGUUCGACGGCGCGGCUUCGGAAGAGGCGGAGGGGGCACUGGCGCGUGGAGCGAAGUCUGAGGAGGAGGAGGAGAGCGCCAGAGUGCACUCACCGAUUCCCAUGCGUCCGUUUAGUCCUGAGAGUCCGUUGGCGAUGGGCAGGAGGGGCGCGGUGUAUGAGGGUCAGGAUGGGGAUUCCGAAAUAAGUGGUGAGCACGAUCCUUUUGUCGAGACGAGGGUUUUGGUAGCGCAGCACUUGGACGACAAGGUUCGUCGGACGAUGCAGAUAGGGAUAGGGGCGCAGAAUGUUGCGUUCAGAUUUCCAAAUUGGGCGGCGCCGGCGGGGGAGAAGGAGAAGAGGGAUAGUUUGGAUGUGGACAAGCAUAUCGCGCCAGAUGAUGUUGGGGAGCAGCAUUAA